AUGAACAGAGACCUGCGCAGGAUGACGGCUGGCUUCAUGGGCAUGGCAGUGGCCAUCAUCCUCUUCGGCUGGAUCAUCGGCGUGCUGGGCUGCUGCUGGGACCGAGGCCUUAUGCAGUAUGUGGCAGGGCUUCUCUUCCUCAUGGGAGGAACCUUCUGCAUCAUUUCACUGUGCACCUGUGUGGCUGGGAUCAACUUUGAGCUGUCACGCUACCCGCGCUACCUAUAUGGACUCCCAGAUGACAUCAGCCACGGCUACGGGUGGUCCAUGUUCUGUGCAUGGGGGGGCCUGGGCCUCACCCUCAUCUCGGGAUUCUUCUGUACCUUGGCCCCCUCUGUCCAACCUGUCCCCAGGACCAACUGCCCUAAAUCCAGGCCCGAGAAUGGGACAGUGUGCUAAGAGGCCACAACGCCGAUGACAACGACGACAGAACCCCCCCACACACACAUACACACAUAUAUAAAUAUAUAUAUAAUAUACAUAUUUCCGAGGAGACUCCGCCCAGAUGAUGCCAGUGCCAAGGGAGGCUUGUGUGGGCAUCACAAUGGACUCUGUGUCACCCUGUCACCACCAAGAUGGGGAUAGCGCUGUUCACGUCACAUGGCUCUUCCAUCACUUCUUGACUUGUGGCUCCGUGGCUUCUGGAAGCUGGCGCACCUGUUGGGCUCCCAGCAGCAUCUGGAUCCCAAGUCCCUUGUAAGGAUGGGGUAGUGGGCAGGGAAGGGACCGUGCCCGUGGUUGCCAGCGGGUCACCCCCUGGACCAACAGGAGAGGACACCGUGCCCUCCCCCUCCAACCCUAUGGCAGAAGCAUCAUGCUCUUCACUCAUUUAAUGUAACCCCACCCUGGAGGCCACCUGCAGAAACACUUCCUCUCCUGAUGUUUCCUCUAGCUGCACAUGGGAUGUGGGAGAGAAGAGGACUGAGCAAGGAGUUUUCUCUUUGGAAUCCAAGAGGUGGAGACAAUGGGGAGAGACCCAGCUGUCCCCUGGAGGCCCAGCUCCACACUUAUAAACAGACACACCAGGAGCUGCUUUGAGAAGCCAGUCUCACUUUCCAGCUGCCUUACACCCAGUUCAACAAGUGGGAGGCCGCCCUGCCCUGCCCUGCCCUGCCCUGCCCUGCCCUGCC